AUGAAACAUAAUAUGAUAUCGCUGUUGCUUCCAUUAAUAAUAAAUUUUGAUGGUUUGAAGUACAGUCUCAGCAUUAAGACACAUCAAAAACUUGAUUUUAAGAGAUUAGAAAGACUUUUGAAUUUCGUAACGAUGAAAGCAUCAAAGGUGAAAAAUUAUCAUUUCACCGCGCUUUAUGAUCCAAUUGUUGAACUUAUAGAUUAA